GGCAAUCAUGUCAGAAACACACUCCAAACGCUUUAAAUGCCAAUUCCCUGGCUGUGAUUUGAGCUACCAGCGGAAAGAGCAUCUCCAUCGCCAUGAAGCCCAGCAUCGAGGCCCUGCCCACCCGUGCCCGUUCUGUCGGCGCACAUUUGCUCGAAAUGACACUCUGCGACGUCAUGUAGGUCGUGACCACGCCAACUCCCAGCUCGCCUCUACUCGGACAGCACAGGCUUGCGAGAGUUGUCGCGUUGCUAAGAUUCGAUGUCAGGGAGGGCAUCCCUGUACACAGUGCGAGGCAAAAAGGCGUCAGUGCAUCUUCAGUAACCCUGCACCGACACAGCAAGCUGCUGGCCAGCAUAUCGAAUAUGGCGACAAUAUAGCCCUGGAACCUCUCCUUCCAGAUGCGAAUGCUGGAGACAAGGUCCAGCACUGUGUACAUCUCUACUUUGCCCAUUUUCACCGCCACUGGCCUAUUCUACAUCAAGGGACAUUUGAUGUUGCGCAUGAGCCUCCGUUUCUAGUCCAGGCUGUCAUGAUGGUCGGACUCUGGGCCAGUGGUAGUGCUUCGGCGAAACGAGCAGCCCUCGAGCUUCACUCUAGAUUAGGACCUUCUAUACAGGAGCAGCGAACCAACUGGGACAAGACAUUUGAAGAAGAGCAAAGCGAGAAUGAUACCCCUGCUUCUCGCUGGCCCAUUGCAACAUACCAGGGUAUUCUUCUGUAUCUUAUAUUUUCUCUAAUCUCGUCAGAGGCGAGGCGUAAUGCGCUCGACUUGACACUAUCCAUGGUACCGUCCGAUCGCGAUAUCCUCUCCGCGCUCUGUGAAACAUGUCUCCGGAAUAAUAUCUUCUACUACCCUCGCAUGCUCGAACGAUAUCGAGACCUCGACUCGAUCACCUGUAUCUGGGUGGGCGUGGAAGAAAUAAAACGGCUGGGACUAGCAUUGUACAAGGUCUCUCGGCUAUGCGGUGAUCGCCUAAUAGGACUACCUGAUCUUCGGUUCCCUAUUCCCGACAGCAGACAUCUGUGGAAUGCACAGUCUAACCCGGAGCUCUCGCGACUUCUUCAGAUUGAAGCCGAUCGGGCAAAGAGGCUGGAUGGGAGUCAAGAGGGCACUCCAGAAACUCGAGAAAGUACUCUCACAAGACUACCAGACCAAUUCAUUUGUAUACUUUAUAAAAUGGCCGACGUAAAAUCCUUCCGCCAACUCAUCGGCGUCUCCCCAUCCACUGCCUCCGUCUCAGAUUCUACCCUGAUCAUCAUCGACGCCCAAAACGAGUAUGCCUCGGGCCAGCUCAAGGUCGAGAAUGUCGCUGAGACCCGCAAGGUCAUCGCCGACCUGCUGAAGCGGUACCGCGCGGCCGGCAAGCAGAAGAACAUCGUCCAUGUCGUCCAUGAAGUACCCCAGGGGGCUCCAGUCUUCACGCCGGGAACGGAACUGGCAAAGGAGUUUGAGGAAUUAACUCCUGAGGGUGGAGAAAAGCUUGUUGUCAAGAACUUUCCUUCUUCGUUUGCGCAGACCGAUUUGGAUGAGUAUUUGAAGACUCUAGGGGAUAGUGGGAAGAAGAUUGUUCUUGUCGGAUAUAUGGCACAUGUUUGCGUCUCUACGACUGCGAGAGCUGGUGCUGAGCGUGGCUAUGAUGUGCUUGUUGCGCAGGAUGGGGUUGGCGAUAGACAUAUUCCUGGUGUUGCAGCGGAUACUCUGGUCUCGGUGGCGUUGAAGGAAGUUGCGGAUGCGUUUGGAACAGUUAUUUCUGCUGGUGAAGUCAACUAGACGUAUACCUUUGUAGCCAUGAGACGUGCUGUAACUGAAAUGGACAUUUUCGAAUUUUACCAUAAAUCGCGCCUUUUUUCUGAGUUCGCAAAAUUAAACAAGG